UGAUUCCGGUUCGCUGCUGUGCAAAGUGCAUAAUUAAUGCAAUAUAGGGACAGUGUCAGGUUCUUGCCCUCCCGCUGGUUGUUUACGCGCAAUUUACUAAUUGUCGGUGUUGCUGCUUCUGUCACAAGCCGCACAGCCUUCGCCUCGACAACAACGGCCAAGCGGAUCUUGUGUUCUCCAACCAAAAUGACAGACCAGCAGACUUGCGAUUCAUCCUACAUUGCCGGCAGCAAUUCGGUGGCCUUUGUGACCACACCGGACAGGGAGUCGGCCAAGAAGUUGGCUCACGGCAUCAUUGACCGUAAAAUAGCCGCGUGUGUCAACAUUAUACCAAAAAUUGAGUCCAUCUACAUGUGGGAGGGCAAAGUCACCGAGGACGAUGAGUAUCUGAUGAUGAUCAAGACUCGCACGGAGCGCAUCGAUCAGCUGAGCAAGUUCGUCCGCGAGAAUCAUCCACACAGCGUUGCCGAGGUGAUCUCCAUGCCCAUUGAAAAUGGCAAUUUGCCAUAUUUGAACUGGAUUGCACAGACAGUGCCGGAGCUGAAGCAGAACAAAGACUAAACUAGACCCAAACAU